CGGUGAGUCUUAGUUCCAGUUCUCAAGUCCGAAAAAAACAAAAAAAAUUGUAUAGUGAAAGAAAAUUAAGAGUGGUCCAUUCCGAUCCAAUCGGAAAUGAGCAGGAGAACGUUGCGUUGGCGCAGCUCCGCUUGCCGGGAUGAUGGUCCACCACCAAGGAGGGGAAAGUGCCAGGAUUACCGCUUCCACCGGACUGAGACUUAUCCCUCGAUCCGACCGAUGGAGCCACGAUGUGACCCCAACCAGGAUGAGGCCAUCACCAGGUUGGGCAACUCCCUCGUGGCUGAUGGCUGUGGGCGACCCUUCGAAAUGGUCAAGGACGACGUUUUACUUGCUUGGAGGCAUAGUCCCCACAAGGACACGUUGGGCUUCUAUGGCGUAGGGUCACCCACCCAUCAGCCCGAAUCGGUGGUGUUCAACCGGGUGCUGGCAGAAUGCCUGGUCAAGGUCAGCAGUGUUGGCACUCGGCAAGGUCGCCCCAAAAAGACUAUAUCAACACCCCCCAGGAUUUCACCUACAGGCACUUACACAUCCCCUCAGCUUUGCAAACCCUUCGUCCUCAACCGCCAGGCACUGCAGUCGGAACUUCAGCUGAUGCCCUAUGUUAAACAGCAGCUGAAACCGGGUAAAGCCUUUGAGAAAAUAUAUUGCCCAGAUCCACCGGACCCCAGCGAUCCUUUUGGAGUUAAGCAACAACUGCAAACGGGGAGGGACUUCAAACCCAAAAAGGUCCAAAAUGGUCUGCGUCGUAAGCCCUGGUACUGUCCCAUGGAUUGCGAUGAAGCUCGAAAUGGUUGCACUCAGUACGAGUGGGCCAGGUACAAACUAGACCCUCGUCCCCAUAACAAAGAAUUCCGGGAUUGGCUCCAGGAUCAAAGGGAGAGCAAGAGUACGGAGCCCAAGGACUACGAUCAAUUGUACGAAAGGUUUCUCAAGUGCUUCGAGCAGAAACCUCCUGAUCCGCUUUGCAAGGCCUACGAGGAAUGCUGCAAGACCAAGAAAUCCCGUAAAGAGGAUAAUCAAGGAGGUGGCGAUGGGCACAGAGGUAAUGGAGAUGGUCAGCAGCCUGAAAGACCCGGAGAAUCUCCACCAGAUCAAGAUAUACCGAAUGAUGGAGACAUACCCGGAACCGGAAAAGAAAAAGAAGAUAAUGAAAAAGGUAUUAAUGAGGGAGCCGAUGGAACCGGUGAUAACAAGGAUAAAGAAGAUGGCAACGAUAAUAAUAAGGUCGUAGAGAAGGAUAAACAUAAAAAUAUAACUAUAAAUGAAGACAAGGACAAAGAAAAUAUCAAAGAAAAAGUCGUGGAGAAGGAAAAAAAUAAAGAUAUAAAUAAGGAUAAGGAUAAAGAUAUUAGUAAAGAUCAAGAUGAUCAAGAUGAUGAUGAUGAAUUCAAAAACAUAGAUAAAAAUAAAAAUGAAAAUAAAAACAAAAAUAAAAAUAGACACAAAAAUAAAAAAAAGAACAAAAACGAAGAGAAAGUUAAUGAAGAGAAAGUUAAUGAAGAGAAAGUUAAUGAAGACGAAAGUUUUAAAAUCGAAAAGAAAAAGAAGCCAGAGUCGGAUGUAACGAAAAAGGAAAAACCAAAAGGAAACAUCCCAAGUGAAGCCGUGCCCGAAAUGGGAAGACCUAGUGUUAUACCGUAUACUCCUUCGGAGAAAAAUAGCGAUAGACCUAGUAAAGUAGAAGCUACAUGGAGUGAUACAGAACUAGAACCUCCAGUAAAAGACUAUCACAAGUUUGUGCCGGUGAUCCCGAAAGAUAAGAUUAAGGUGCCCCCCAAAAAAAAGAAUAAGGUUAGGAAUAAAAACGGAGACAAGAAUGAGAAGAUCGAGAAGAUCAAGAAGGUUUGCCAGCCCUGUCCACCGCAAGGUUGCCAGUGCGAGAUUUGCCAUUUUAUGGAUCGCCAGAUGGAACCAGAGGCUCCCUUUAUGAGGAAUAUGAGGCGGGUGGAGCAAAAGCGCCAGCUACGAGCCUACUAUCGUCAAAUGUGCCACCGGGAAUACCUCCAAAAUAGAUGUCGGGAGGAGUACCGGGCACCCCGGCACAAAUGUGAUCCCAUCUGCUGCGAAAACUUCCUGUGCCGCAAUCCCCGACUCGCCGAGCACUGCGAUUGCCUUGGGGCUGUUCAGGACCUACAGAAGCUCAUUUCCGGCGACAAGGAUAACAAGGACUGCAGCCGAUUGCUCCAUCGGAUAGAGAAUCUUCGGAGACGCGUCUGCCAGCGCAUGUGCGAUUGCAUCCUGGGGUAAACUGGAUCGGAUCGGAAUGCAUUCGAGUUUUUGUGUUUUAGUUUGUUUAAUGUUUGUUUUGGCUUGUCCGUAAAUUUUGUUUUUAAUAAAUGUUUUUUUUUUUGCAGUACCAA